AGGGGGCGUUUGUGGUGCCUUGCUUUGGGCUGCACAAGUGGCAGGGGCGGCUUGCGUGGGCAGCAGCAGUGAGGCAAUGCUGUGAGCGCACGGAGGAGUGGGUGGGGCAGCAAGAGGGUGCAGUGGCGCAGCGGUGGUGCUGGCAUGGCAAUCCGGGGGGAGAGAGGCAUGGCAGGGAGGGCAGGGACGGCGCAGGUGCGGAUGCCAUGGCUGCUGCUGAGGCUGGGUGCGGGGCAGGCAGGGCGGCAGUGGUGCGCGUUGGGGAGGGCGGUGGUGUGGAGGGCAGUGGGGUGGGCGCAUGGGUGGGUGCUGUGAGGCGGUGGUGCGGCCGUUGUGCCGUGUGGAGCUGCAAGGGGGCUGAGCCUGAGAGGCAUCAAGGGCGGUGUGUGGUGCUGCUGACGUGUGAGGACACGGGGUGUGGCAUUGCACAGGAGGAGCAGCGCGACGUGUUUCACGCAUUCAUGCAGGCGCAUCACAAAAGGCAUUUGCACGGGGGUAGCGGCUUGAGCCUUCACAUAUCGAAACAACUGGUGUCACUGAUGGGCGGCAGUAUGGGGCUGCUCAGCACACAGGGCCGUGGCACCACGCUGCAUGUUGCUCUGCCCCUCACUGCUGCACCUGCACUUGCACCUGCACCUGCACAUGCACCUUCCAGUGCUGCUGCCGCUGCUGCUGCUCCUGACCGUGCUGCCAACCUGAGCACAGGAGCUCCCACUGCUACCACUGCUGGUCCCGUCAUAACCAGCAGCACCAGGAGGGUGGUGGACGGGCGCGGGCAGGUGGCAGUAGAGGGGAGCAGUGAAGGGGCGGAGCACAUAGAGAGUGGGAGGGAGGUGCGGCGCGCAGGUGGGGAGGGUGGUGAACUCACAGGGCACACACAGGCGAUAGCAGCGCAGGGAAGGGGGGAGGUGCAGGGGGGUGAGGUGGGAGCGACGUGGGUGAGCGGCACGACGCAGAGUGCCAAGGAGGCACUUAAGGAGAUGCUACAGGGCAUGGCAAUCCUG